UCAAGCGUAAGCCACGGCAUCGGCUUGGCUUACUUUUGUUUUCAGAGCUUGUUUUUCAGCUUGUAACUAAAGGUGUUUGUAGUAACCAUGGCGGGUACAGCUUUAAAGAGACUAAUGGCAGAAUAUAAGCAACUGACUCUGAACCCCCCCGAGGGAAUUGUUGCUGGCCCAGUAAAUGAGGAGAAUUUCUUUGAAUGGGAGGCCUUAAUCAUGGGUCCAGAGGACACAUGUUUCGAAGGAGGCGUGUUUCCUGCGAUCCUCAGCUUUCCUUCGGACUACCCUCUCAGCCCCCCCAAAAUGAAGUUCACCUGCGACAUGUUCCACCCCAACAUCUACCCAGACGGCCGCGUGUGCAUCUCCAUCCUGCACGCGCCCGGCGACGACCCCAUGGGCUACGAGAGCAGCGCGGAGCGCUGGAGUCCCGUCCAGAGCGUGGAGAAGAUCCUGCUCUCCGUGGUCAGCAUGCUGGCAGAGCCGAACGAUGAGAGCGGCGCGAACGUGGAUGCCUCAAAGAUGUGGCGUGAAGACCGCGAGCAGUUCUACAGGCUGGCCAAGCAGAUUGUGCGCAAAUCCCUGGGCUUGUAAAGCCAUCCUGCCUGUCCUCUUCCUCUUCCUCCCCACUCCCUCCUCUUCUUCCUCCUCUUCCUCCUCCUCCUCCCAGAUAGUAACACCUCCACCCCCCACCACACCCCUACCCCGCCACAGAGAGGUCCAGCGAGGACAGACGACAGGCACGAAGGAAACUAACAAAAGAGACUUCCUGUAGAAGAUGGAAAAACAAAAGACACUCAGUCCCUCAACAUGGCUGCCGUGACGAUUCUCCCCUACCUCUACGGAACAGCGCACUUUACAUAAAUACUUUUAUUGUUUUUUUUUUUUGUUUGUUUGUUUUCCUGGUCGCCAAACAUCUCGCUCAUGCUUAUUUCUUCACACAGACAUGGGGAAACGAGGGAUUUCCUUCUCUGUCUGUCUAUAUGAGAACAUGGCUGACUUGUCCAGCAUCCUCUUCAUUAUUGCACACAUGGUCCACUCGAUGCAGAGCGAACAGUGUGUGUGGAGGCACCUUAACAGGGAGGGGGGCAUUGGACUGGUGGUUGGGAGAGGACCGUGUUU